GAGCCGGCUAAGCGGAAUAAUCGAAUACCAGUGAUAGUAGAUACCCAAAUCUCCCAAAUCUCAGUCAUUUCAAUUCACACUAGAACCCUAAUCCCAAAAAUGGGAAAAUUUUGGGUUAUUUUUGUGACUUCCAUCUUGAUCCUCCUUCCAUUUCUAUGCAAUUCUUUCUCUCUUGAAACACCUACCGCUCGCCGAGUUCUGGUCCUCCUCGAUGACUUUGCUGUCAAAUCGUCUCACUCCUCCUACUUCAACUCCCUCAGAUCUCGCGGCUUUGACCUCGACUUCAAACUCUCCGACGAUCCCAAGCUUGCCUUACAACGCUACGGCCAGUAUCUCUACGAUGCCUUGAUACUAUUCUGCCCCUCCGUUGAACGAUUCGGAGGAUCUAUUGAUGUUGCUGCCAUUAUCAAUUUUGUUGAUUCCGGUCAUGAUUUGAUGAUUGCGGCGGAUGUUACUGCUUCUGAUUUGAUUAGGGAAGUUGCCACCGAAUGUGGAGUUGAUUUCGAUGAGGACCCUUCGGCCAUGGUUAUUGAUCACACUGGCUAUGCAGUUUCCGAAACAGAAGGAGAUCAUACUUUGAUUGCCUCUGAUGAUUUUAUUAAGUCUGAUGUGAUUUUAGGAAACAAGAAAAUUAACGCUCCUGUACUUUUCCAGGGCAUUGGUCAUUCACUGAAUCCUGUCAAUAGCUUGGUGUUCAAGGUUCUCUCAGCUUCUCCAUCUGCCUAUUCGGCUAAUCCCAAGUCCAAGCUGUUAGCACCACCAUCAUUGAUGGGUUCCGCAAUCUCCUUAGUCUCAGUUAUCCAGGCAAGGAACAAUGCACGAAUUCUGAUUUGUGGUUCGCUGAGUAUGUUCAGCAACCGAUUUUUUAAAUCUGGCGUGCAGAAGGUCGGGAGCACCACCAAACAUGAGAAAUCAGGUAAUGAGCAAUUUUUGACCGAAAUUAGCAAAUGGGUUUUCCAUGAAAGAGGUCAUCUUAAGGCUGUUAAUGUAAAACACCACAAAAUUGGAGAAACAGAUGAACCUGCUUUGUACAGGAUUAAUGAUGAGUUGGUAUACUCUGUGGAGAUCUAUGAGUGGUCCGGGAAAAGGUGGGAGCCAUAUGUUGCUGAUGAUGUCCAAGUCCAGUUUUACAUGAUGAGCCCCUAUGUUUUGAAAACUUUAUCAAAUGAUAAAAAGGGUCUCUAUUCCGCAUCAUUUAAGGUCCCGGAUGUUUAUGGUGUUUUCCAGUUUAAGGUUGAGUACCAAAAGCUUGGAUAUACAAGCUUAUCCCUUGCAAAGCAGAUUCCAGUCAGGCCAUAUAGACACAAUGAAUAUGAAAGAUUCAUACCAACUGCUAAUCCCUACUAUGGUGCUGCAUUUUCUACGAUGGCAGGAUUCUUCAUCUUCUCAUUUGUCCAUCUGUACAACAAGUAGAUUAUAAGCAUCCCCCACCAUGCUACCUGGUACUGUUGAAUUACAAUUUUGCAGCCAACACGGGUUGCCAUAAAUGUUUUGGUAGAAUGAUAAUGACCGACUUUCAGCUUUAGUUUCAAUGAUUAAAAUCAGAUCCCGACAAUCUCUUGAUGCA